ACACUGUAGUCUUUGAUUAAGUCUGUCUUCGUAGCGUAUGCCAAUUUCAUUCAUAGUGUGCUUUUAGAAUUUAACUUGUAAUUAUUAACUAUUACGAAUACCACUAUAUUUACAUAAUUUUAAUCUGUAAUUAAACAAAUAAUUCGAAUUAUCCGAAUACAUUUUCUUUUGUUACUUGUUUAUUGUGUGCAUCUUCCGAGCUCCACGGCCGUCAUCGCCACUAUCAAGAGGUAAUUAUAUCAUUUACAAAAUGCCUAGAAAAGUAUUCGUCGUUGGCGUCGGGAUGACAAAGUUCAUCAAACCUGGUUCUAAUAAAGAUUAUCCAGAAUUAGGAAAGGAGGCAGUAUUGGAAGCGCUCUCAGAUGCGAGGAUAAAGUAUGACGAUAUUCAACAAGCCGUCUGUGCCUAUGUUUUUGGUGACUCUACAUGUGGCCAACGUGUUUUAUACCAGGUUGGAAUGACGGGUAUACCCAUAUACAAUGUUAAUAAUAACUGCUCAACUGGAUCUAGUGCCCUUUAUCUCGCUAAACAACUUAUCGAAGGUGGGGUGUCUGAUGUUAUCUUGGCUGUAGGUUUCGAGAAAAUGGCACCUGGAGCAUUAGGCUCUGGAGGAUUUACAGAUAGGACCAACCCAUUGGACAGGCAUGUGCUCAAAAUGUCUGAGUUAGCUGACAUUGCAGCAGCACCAAUGACACCACAAUUCUUUGGUAAUGCUGGCAUUGAACAUAUGAAAAAAUAUGGCACAACAGAAUUGCAUUUUGCAAAAGUGGCUGCUAAAAACCACCGACAUGGUGCUAAAAACCCUCGAGCCCAAGGUAAUAGGGAAUAUACAGUUGAGGAAGUUCUUAAAUCAAGAAAAAUUUAUGGUCCUCUGACUAAGCUGCAGUGUUGUCCCACUAGUGAUGGUGCAGGAGCUGCAAUUUUAAUGUCUGAAGAGGCAGUUAUACAAUAUGGUCUUCAGAGUAAAGCCAUUGAAAUAAUUGGUAUGGAAAUGGCUACUGACACUCCAGCUGUUUUUAAUGAAAACAGCUUAAUGAAAGUUGCAGGAACUGAUAUGACUGCCUUAGCAGCCAAACGACUUUAUGAAAAGACUGGAAUAUCUCCAAUGCAAGUAGAUGUUGUUGAACUACAUGAUUGCUUUUCAGCAAAUGAAUUAAUUACAUAUGAAGGGUUACAGCUUUGUGGAGAGGGCCAGGCAGGAAAGUUUAUUGAUGCUGGAGACAAUACUUAUGGUGGGAGAGUGGUUGUGAAUCCUAGUGGAGGUUUGAUAGCCAAAGGUCACCCUUUAGGAGCCACAGGUCUGGCACAAUGUGCUGAACUUGUGUGGCAGCUCCGAGGGGAAGCUGGACAACGACAGGUACCUCACGCAAGGAUAGCUUUGCAACAUAACUUGGGUCUUGGAGGAGCAGUCGUCGUAACAAUGUACCGCAAAGGAUUUGAGAAUGCUGCACCUAAUAAGGCUGCGGCCGUUGCCGACAGCCCAGAUGGUUUCAUAGUUCACAAGUACAUCAAGCUUCUUGAAGAAUUGAUGGAGUCAGAUGAAGAAAAACUUAUCGAAAAAGUGAGAGGCAUAUACGGAUUGAAAGUGAAGAACGGCCCGAAUGGUAACGAAGGCUACUGGGUUAUAAAUGCGAAAGUAGGCAAAGGCAAGGUUACGUAUAACGGUUCAGAGAAACCUGAUGUCACUUUCACUGUGAACGACGAGGAUAUCGCUGAUUUGAUUACGGGUAAACUUAAUCCUCAGAAAGCAUUUUUCCAAGGGAAGAUUAAGAUCCAAGGUAACAUGGGCCUGGCAAUGAAAGUCGCAGACUUACCUCGACAGGCAGCGAGUAGGGUUGAAAUGAUACGUUCCAAACUAUAAAACUUUAUACUUCUUGAAUUCGGGAUUUCCCUAGGUUAUGGAAAUGAGGUUAAGGGUAUUCUAAUGGGGCAAUUGUACGUAUGUCGCAUUACUCAAAUAUCAAACUCUUUAAUACCAAUAAUGCGAAUAAUAAUCAUAACAUUUAUGUCAAUGAAAUUAAUUAUAUAAUUAAUGGUGCAAUUUUAGGAUGUUGAUAAGAAUUCGAUCUAGAUUUUAUACAUAUUUUUUAUCCUAUGAGGUUUUACCAUUCCAAACGGUCACACAACUAUUAUUUUUUAUAAUUUUGUUAAUAAAUACUUUUUUCC